UGAUGUCAGAGGGGGCUAAGGAAUCAUCAUAUUUUGAGACGAUGCUUAUGGAGGCGGUGGCGGGCCAUAAGGAAUCGUUAACAGACGGCCCUGUGGAAAAACUAAUUAAAAUAUACAAGAGAACGAUUAAGGAGCUCCAGAGUAUCCCUGAACAAGAGGGUUAUCGUAAAGCCCUUGAAACCACCACUCGGAAACGCCUAGACAUUUGCUUAGAGGAACGGGACCCCGAAGCUAUCGAGAGGCGGAUCGGUUGCGGCAAAUUUAAUGAUAUCGUUCAAAAUGCUAAGCUUGAGUUUAAAAUCGUUAGCCAUUUGCACGAAUGGGACCCGUGGAGAAAAGACAGUACCUAUUUAUGUGCCGUAAUCGAUCAGAUUGAUCAUCGAGUACCGGAGCCUGAGCCACCUGGUCCUAUUCCUGCUGAGUUAUUUGAGAGGCUUAAAGCUCUCGCCAAGGCUACUUGUGAGAAAGAUGAACGGAAAACGCGGGUUUCAAAACACUCGUGUAACGAAGAGUCUGAUGAAAUGUUUUCAUCUGCCAACAACCCAUGAUAUUGAAUGUUAAAAAGGUCCACUCCAUCUAUAGAUUUUUUUUUGCUUUCCAAAACACUUUUGACAUUUUUCUUAGG